GAAGGACACCGGACAACCACAUUGUCGCUCCUGAGAUUGACUUCACCAGUGACGAUCGCUUCCCGGAAGUCGCACAACACGACCACUUCGCCGUGAGGUGCACAGGGUUUCUGAAGAUUCAGACUCCUGGAACCUACGACCUCUACACCGCCUCAGACGAUGGUUCCUUCCUCUAUGUGGAUGGG